UUCUUCCUGAAAAAUUGAUGGACUUGGACGAAAGAGGUAUGAAUUUGAUGGUGCAAAUGGAAGAAACAUGAUAAAUCCAUGUUGAAAAUAAGCUCAACGCAACAUUGGGGAUUCUUCAACAAGGUUUCUAUGGUUAAUCUGAUGGCUUUCUGCCUGUUCUGAGAUAUGUCUAAAGAGCCAAGCAUCAGCAACGUGAUUCUUUCAUUCUCCACUCCAUCUUUCCAGAACACUUGAAUUUAGUUCUGGGAAUAGAAAAAGAAAAGGCAAUGGAGUUCUGGAAACUCUUUAUUGUUGCACUAAUGCCAGUGCUCAAGGUACUCUUGAUUACUGCCGUUGGAGCAUUCAUUGCGCUUGAUCGCUUUGAUAUCCUCAAAGACCAUGCCGGGAAGCCCCUGAAUUGCAUGGUAUAUUACGUAUUCGCUCCCGCUCUUCUUUCCAGCAGCCUGGCAAAAACGUUAACAUUAAAGAGCCUGGUUAUACUGUGGUUCAUGCCCAUAAACGUUCUCCUCUCUUUUACCAUUGGGACAGCGUUUGGAUGGUUAGUUAUUAAAAUAACUAGAACUCCUCGUCAUCUGCAAGGCCUUGUGUUGGGGUGCUGUAGUGCAGGAAAUGUGGGAAAUUUGCCUCUUAUCAUAGUUCCAGCUCUCUGUAAAGAAAGCAAUGGUUCUUUCGGAGAUGUGGAAGUUUGUUACAGAAAUGGGAUGGCUUAUGUUACUCUGUCAAUGGCAGUAGGAUCGAUUUACAUUUGGAGCUACGUGUACAACAUUGUGCGCAUAUACACAUGCGAGAGUUCCAACUUAAACAAAGUAGAUGGUUCCAGGAUAACUUCAGUGUCUGCAACAGAAAGAGAUCCGGAAAACCUUUCGAACUGUUCCACAGGACAAUUGGUCAAUGUAGAGAAAUUUUCACCGGAAAAUAAUCAGAUGGGUCAACUUGAAAUUGGAUUUACAAACAGAGAAGCAAAGGUACCAAAAACGGAAAAGAUAAUGAAACGGUUGAAAGUGACAGCCGAAAAGAUCAACCUGAAAGCAUUAUUUGCACCUCCAACAAUUGGAUCGAUUGUUGGUAUGGUAAUUGGCAUAGUCGCUCCAUUUCAAAAGGUAUUAGUUGGUGAUAAUGCUCCCCUUCGUGUAGUUGAAGACUCUGCAUCCAUGAUCGGUGAUGCAGCAAUUCCUGCGAUGACCUUGCUAAUUGGGGCGAAUCUUCUCAAGGGAUUAAAAGGGUCAGGCGUGAGGAUUUCACUGAUUGCUGGUAUCAUAAUUGUUCGAUUCAUUGCACUGCCAGCAGUAGGCAUAGGCAUUGUUAAAGGUGCUGUCCAUUUUGGCUUGCUUCAUCCUGAUCCAUUAUAUCAGUUUGUUUUACUGCUUCAAUUCGCUCUUCCGCCUGCAGUUGCCAUAAGUACAAUGACACAAUUAUUUGGGGUUGGUCAAGGGGAAUGCUCUGUUAUCAUGCUAGCAACUUAUUCCUGUGCUGCAGUUUCGCUUACUCUGUGGUGCACAUUCUUUAUGUGGCUUGUUCUCUGAUACUUCCUGUCUCAAUACCUUUUCUGGAAGCUCCAAACAACGCAGAUUAAGAUUCUAAUCCUUGUUGCAUAGGUUCCUAUCUUAUGCAGAAUGAGAAAAUGGUGUUACCAUUAAUUAGCUUAUGAUGUAAAAAUGUAGAUAUUAUCUCAAACAAGGUUUGUAAUUUGGUGAAUUUGGGAUAACUUGGGAGUUGGGAUAUAGUUAGAAAUUUGAAUAAAGCCUUAGUUUGAGGAUCACGUUAGCUUGUUGGACAAAAUUGAGAUUGCAUGUGUAUUUGAAAAAAAUAAAAUAAAAGUAAUU